AUGGAUCGCUGUAAGCACGUGGUGCGCCUUCGCCUGGGCCACGACCACUCCAUCCUCAAUCCCCAGAAAUGGCACUGCGUGGACUGCAGCACCACAGAUUCGGUGUGGGCUUGCCUCAAGUGCUCCCAUGUGGCCUGCGGGCGCUUCAUGGAGGAGCACUCGCUCAAACACUUUCAGGAGUCUCACCACCCGUUGGCCAUGGAGGUGCGCGAGUUGGAUGUCUUCUGCUUCGCCUGCGGAGACUAUGUACUCAACGACAAUGCAGAGGGAGACCUCAAGCUCCUCCGCGGGGCCCUCUCCACCGUUCGGAGCCCCGGUACACGCUCGCUACGCUCCUCAGCUUGGCGGGUAUACACCCACCGAGGCGGUGAAAGUGGGCCCCAGCCUGCCAUGCAGCUAGCUUUGCGUCACAGGAGGAAAUCCCUCCUUGCCAAGAUGCUUCAGAGGUGGAUGAGCAAACACCAAGAGCUGCAGGCGGAGCGGCAAGAGAAGCUGGAAGAGGCUAGAAGACAAAAGAAAGAGGUGAAAAGGAGACUCUUGGAAGAGCUGGGCAACGUCCCUCCCAGAAAGAGCGCUCGGCUUCUUACUCAGGCGCCCCGUUCAACCAUCACACUCAUUCCUUGUAAGUUUCGAGACCCUCCGGAACGCCUACCUCCAGCUCCUGCUCCUCCUAAGAAGCCUUCCCUUCUCGCCUUGUCACGAAAGCCGCCCCCGAACGGAAAAUCCGCAAAACUGAGGCGGUACUACUCGACCCACUCGACGAACCGCCGUCGGUUGGCACCAGGGGUAACCGGUCUGCGUAAUCUGGGGAACACGUGCUACAUGAACUCCAUCUUGCAAGUGCUAAGCCACUUGCAGAAAUUCAGGGAGUGUUUUCUCACUUUGGACCUGUGUGAGACCGAGGAGCUCCUGGCCAAAACCAACCAUUCGCACGGCAUGAAGGCAAUGGCCGGAAGCGUGGUCAGCAGUGGUAAUGCGCCGCUGACCUCCUGCCCCCUGGGCCGCGUGGGAAAUCUGACUUUGGGCAAAAAAGAAAGUAUCCCGCCUACCCCGCAGACUGCCGAGUUGGUCCAACCCAAAGAGCCUCGUUGCUCCACCCGCCAACAGAUGUCUCUGUGCCAUGAGUUGCAUACACUUUUCAGGGUCAUGUGGUCAGGCCGCUGGUCUUUGGUGUCUCCCUUCGCCAUGCUGCACUCCGUGUGGAACCUCAUCCCGGCUUUCCGCGGCUACGACCAGCAGGACGCGCAGGAGUUCCUGUGCGAGCUGCUGGACAAGGUGCAGCAGGAGCUGGACACGGAGGGCUCCAAGCGCCGGAUCGUCAUCCCCAUCACCAAAAGGAAGCUGUCCAAACAAGUGCUCAAGGUGCUCAACACCAUCUUUCACGGGCAGCUACUCAGCCAGGUGACAUGUCUGUCCUGCAAGCACAAGUCAAACACGGUUGAGCCAUUCUGGGACUUGUCCUUGGAAUUUCCCGAGCGAUACCACAGCGUCAACAAAGGCUCCGGCUCCACAGCCUACCAGCGCAGCUGCACCCUCACCGAAAUGCUGUCCAAGUUUACCGAGAUGGAAGCGCUGGAAGGCAGCAUUUACGCCUGUAACCACUGCAACAAAAGAAGAAGGAAAACGUCCCACAAGCCUUUAGUCCUUUCAGAAGCCCAUAAGCAGCUUCUGAUCUAUCGUUUACCUCAGGUUCUACGGCUGCACCUCAAGCGCUUCAGGUGGUCUGGGAGGAACCACCGGGAGAAAAUUGGUGUCCAUGUGGCCUUCGACCAGGUUCUCAACAUCAAACCCUACUGCUGCACGGGCUCAGGUCACUCUGUCCACAGAGGGGGCUACACCUACGACCUGUCGGCCGUGGUGAUGCAUCACGGCAAAGGCUUCGGCUCAGGGCACUACACCGCAUACUGCUACAACACAGAAGGAGGUUUCUGGGUCCACUGCAAUGACUCCGAGAUGAAGGUUUGCAGUGUGGAGGAGGUGUGCAACACUCAGGCCUACAUUCUCUUCUAUACCCAGAGGUCUGCUUAG